AUGUUAUUCACAGCAGCUAACGUUAAUCCUGGGGCCUACGUCAUGUACGUUGGCAAUCCCGGACAACAGCAGUAUCUGCCGCUGUAUUUAAAUGCCCCACCAGCAAUUCAAACAGUUCCUGCUUCUAUGGGACUUCCUGUUAUCUUUACUCAAUCACCAUGUGGAAGUAGCAUACAACAGCCCCAGCCGCCCUCACCAUUAAUCCCUCCUCUUCCUCCUUCCCCUUUUCGUGCUAACAUUCCACAGGCAGUAGUGCUGUCACCAAGUAAUACUUUUUUCCCUUUUACUGCAGAUGUUGGAGUGCCUUUCGCCGCACCAUACACACCGUAUAUAGUACCGGUAGAGCAAACAUACCAACCGGUAAGAGAAACACCCGUGGAGCAGGCGUUACGUGAUCCUCAGCAUUUGGUUCCAGUUUUCUCACCUGAUGCCGGAUUGGUAAAUGUAUCAACAAACAAACCGUCAAACUUGGAUGGGUCUUCAUGUAAUGCCGCUGUGGAACAAAGCAAAGGAGUUAAUACGAAGGAGGGUCGCAGUUCGGAUAUUUCAGGCGUUCGGAAUUUUUUAUCUCCAAUGGGAUCCGUACUUGAGCGUGGUCGAAGCACACGUAUGAAUGUACCACCGCUGGCCAGACGGCGGCCACCACCCUGUCGAAUCCCCCAACGCCUGUUGGAUACUGGUCCUCAAAAAGAGGUGUAA